GUCUCACUUUUGUUUUUCUUCAAGCACAACAAAAACAAAUCGUGACAUUACAAAAAACUUUGGAAAUUCCAAAACAACAAAUUAAAUAUUUGGUUGCCAACAAAGUCGCAAUGUUCCACUUUAGUGGCUUCAAUAUGAUGUUCCCAGAUGGCGGACGUAGCUUUCAAGUUACUUACAAAUGCUUCUCAGUUUCUAUGCUACCAGGCAAUGAGCGCUCCGACGUGGAGAAAGGUGGAAAAAUUAUCAUGCCGCCAUCUGCACUGGAUUCACUCACUCGCCUAAAUGUGGAAUAUCCCAUGCUUUUCAAGCUGACCAACAAGAAGAAAUCGCGCUCCUCUCACGCUGGCGUCUUGGAAUUUGUUGCCGACGAGGGCAAAUGCUAUUUGCCCUACUGGAUGAUGGAUAAUCUGCUGCUGGAGGAGGGCGAUAUACUGAACAUCGAGAGCGUCUCCCUGCAAGUGGCCACGUUCUCCAAAUUUCAACCACACAGCACUGACUUCUUGGACAUCACCAAUCCAAAGGCCGUGCUGGAGAAUGCCUUGCGUAACUUUGCCUGCUUGACCAAGGGCGAUGUCAUCGCCAUCAAGUACAACAAGAAGGUGUACGAACUGUGCGUGCUGGAGACCCGACCUGGCGACGCCGUCAGCAUCAUUGAGUGUGAUAUGAAUGUGGAAUUCGAAGCUCCGGUGGGCUAUAAGGAGCACAGCGAACAACAGCCGGCUACACAGUCAGGUGGCCAAGCUGCAGGCGGGAAUGACGCAAGUGCAGGCGGUGCUGUGCACGAGGAGCUGGUGGAGACCUUCAAAGGCUCCGGCGUGCGUCUGGAUGGCAAAAAAAAGAAGGACAGCCAGCUGGAGACGCCGGUCCUCAAAAAGGUCUUGCCGCGCGGCGUUCCCGAUUACGAUUACCAGUUCGGUUUGCUGCGCUUCGAUCGCUCCAUCAAACCAAUCAGCGAUCGCGGCCAGGAGGAUGCCGAGGCGACCGGCGAAGCGGCUGGCGCCGAUACGGACAGCUUCCAUGGCACUGGCUUCUCAAUGAAGAAGACGCGCAAAUAGUAUGUAAUCGCCUCUCACAUAAUUCUUUAAUCGUAUGUUGCACAUGGCUCACAUAGCAGCAAAUAGCAAAAGUAAGAAAUGAAAUUCCCGCAAAAACAAA